UUGCGAGAAGCUGGUCUUUGCUCUGGUACAACAUAAUCUGUUGGUCUUUUCCUCUUCGGAGUGGACUGUAAAGGGAACUUGCUCCGGCUUGCAGCUCAGUUCUGGGGACGGAGCGAGUUUCUUGUCAGAUAACGCUGAUUCUGGGGGUUGGCGUGUUGGUUGUGUAGGUGAGUGCUGUUCUGGAUUGUCGCUAACUGCUAGGACUGGACAUGGCGACGUUAUCGAGUCUCGAUGUGAAUAACAUUACGCCUGCUGUUGUUACGUGGCGAUGGAUCAAUGAGACGCGUUUUUUGGUCGGACCGGAUCCUCAGAUCAGAGACAUCACCAUCACGACUCGCUUCGACAGUCAAGAAACGUUGUUCGACCUCAACAUCCCCAUCAGGCUCAAGGGCAUCAAGACGGGCACGUUCUUGAUUGUUAGAGUCCUUCCAUCGUCGAUAUCCUCCUUCGACUUCAUCGAGGCCCCAUCAGUUCCCGAUGAAGUGCGCGACAAGUUCCACUCGAGUACCCUCCUCCUCGACUUUCGAUUGAACCAACGCCCCAAACUCCUCGUCUCCGUCGAGGCUGAUGAACCGUUAUCUCCCCAACGGACACAAUCGGGUGCUGUUCUCGAUGCCCUUCGUGAACUUGCAAACGUCACUGUGUUCUCCGUCUACAUCGCAAACUCAGCGACUUCCAAGGCGCAACUCCAACAGAUCCGUCACGCCAUUAGCGAUGGUCUGUUCCUCUUCAUCCAAGAUGAUCUCACCACCAUGUUUCGCGGCACGGGGGGUAAGAUCGUCACCCUCCCAUCUUCCACACAAUUGCCGCCGCCCGCCUACGAUGAAACUGAGCCUCCACCACCUCCCACUCCAAUUUAUGAUCGAAAGCGACCGCGGAAAGACGAUCGUGAAGAACGAGAUGAUGACAUCGCGUUGAUCUGGGCGAAGCUCGAGAUGAUACAGACGCGGCAUAGCGAAGAGCUGUAUGCGCUUCGGGACGAGAACAAGGACCUCAAGCAAGAGAUCAAUGAUCUGCGCGAGCGAUUGAUCGAGUCAGAGAGGAAGCGUCAAGACUUGGAAGAAGAGUUCGGGUCGUUGGCUGGAUUGACGAGUGAGAGGGUCAGAGAGUUGGAGGAGCAUACGGACGUUACGUUCUCAGAAGUCUGGCAGGACAUGGGCGAGUUGACUAGCGAGGUCAAUGCCAUGAAGCUGCGGAUUGAUGAGGAUGAGUUGGCGAAUAGAGUCAAAUUCAGAGUUGUUGAUCACAUCACGGCGAGUCUAUCUCGAGACAUGCCGCCGGAUGAUUGAUGAUUCGGCGAUGGAUCAGACAUACGGAGCAAUGACACCAGUCGAGUUCAAGCGGUCUCGGUAACCUGACUGGCCCUUGUUGCGGCUAUACUCUCCCAUCAGACCACCGUGCCAAUGACGGUGCGCCUAGACGGCAACAAGAUCAAACCCUCGCAGUAUCUUGGGC